ACCUGCCCCUCCUGAAGCGUGAUGCUAUUGUAUAAAGGAUAAUCUCAGUAGAAGUAGACCAGGUUACAGUGGGGAACUUCACUGCACUAUAAACCAUCAGCCUGCCGUCCUUGCAUCAGGACGUUUACAGCAACAUUUUUGGUACAUCUUUGCCCCUUCUCCACUCUCCACCAUGAAGUUAUUUUGCAUUCUGGCUGUGCUGACAUUGGUAAAGGGACAAAGUGUGGCCAUGCCUGAGUCAACAACUACAACGAACCCCUCAACAACUACAACUGUUGGCCAGUCUACAACUACAACCGUUCCCCUAAAUUCUACGACUACUGGUCGGACCACAACCACCCCUACACCAACAACUACAACCAGCUCCACAACUGUUUAUACAGCUGUUGCCCAGUCUACGACUACAACUGUUCCCCCAAGUUCUACGACUACUGGUCGGACCACCCCUACGCCAACAACUACAACCAACUCCCCAACCACUUCUACAGCUGUUGCCCAGUCUACGACUACAACUGUUCCCCCAAGUUCUACGACUACUGGUCGGACCACAACCACCCCUACACCAACAACUACAACCAGCUCCACAACUGUUUCUACAGCUGUUGCCCAGUCUACGACUACAACUGUUCCCCCAAGUUCUACGACUAGUGGUGGGACCACCCCUACGCCAACAACUACAACCAACUCCCCAACCACUUCUACAACUGUUGCCCAGUCUACAACUACAACUGUUCCCACAAGUUCUAUGAUUACUGGUCGGACCACGACCACCCCUACGCCCACAACUACAACCAACUCCUCAACUGUUUCUACAACUGUUGCCCAGUCUACGACUACAACUGUUCGCCCAAGUUCUACGACUAGUGGUGGGACCACCCCUACACCAAUGGAUACAACCAACACCUCAACCACUUCUACUGUUACUGUUACCCCAACCAUUUCUGUGACUGCUACAAUCAACCCUACCACCAUAAGACCAAGCUCCUCUCCAAACACCACAACAAAGACUUCGACGACCCAAACUACCACCAGUGGAGGCUCAGGAGUCGAAGGCUCUGUGCUGUUUUCUGUUGUGCCAUUGUUGCUCUACACGCUCUGCCCCUGAGCAGCAAAUCUCACCUAAGGGAUGAAAAGAGGAAGAGAGUUCCUCGAGGUGUUAAUGUUUCUAAUAGUGUGAAUAGGUAAAUUGGAAUUAAUGCAGAUCCAUGUAGGGACUGAAUGACCAAGUUAAAUCUAUUCACAGCACAGCAUAACAUUUUCAGAUUGUUCUUUUUUUGGUAUUCCGUUACCAUGUUUAUUAAUUAACUUAAGGUAUUUGUGAUCAGCAGGUUAACAUUUAACAUGUCAUAUAAUGGAUCUAAAGUAUAUCUGGCAUCAGGAAUAACUUUAAACUGAGAAAAUGAUGGGAUGACAGAUGUUACUUGUAAAUGUGUGUUUGGUGUAUGAUAACAUGUUUGGUCUGAUGGCUGCAUGACAAUCAUAUUAGACAGAGUAAGUACAUUCCUUAUAGGGUCUGUAUACGCACAUUUAUACAUAUACUGUACCAAACAUUGAUUCUAAAUGUAUAACAUUAACGAGAAUGAGACAAAAUGGGUGCCAUUUUAACUUUUUGAACAAUCUUUUAUGUAGUUAAAACAUCGGGAUGAGAAGAGGUAUUGUGGCAGAUAUACAGUACAAAGAAAUAAAAGCAAAUAACCAAACGUAAAAAUAAUACAUUAAUUUGCAUUUAUACACCAUUUAAAAAGCAUAAGCAAAUCAUGCAAUUAAAUGAGAUUCAACUAAAUUGUAAAGAUGCAAUAAAGUAUCAAGUUUAUUU